GCCUCCAGGUGACGCCGUUUCCUUCGACAUUUUCUUUGUUUUUUCCAUCUGUCGUCCGCUGCCCGUGCGCCGUAUUAAAGGCUGGCUGGCUGUUUUUUAAAAGCAUUUCUGUGAUGGCGGAGGACAGUGAAUCCGCAGCCAGUCAGCAGAGUCUGGAGCUGGAUGACCAGGACACUUGUGGGAUAGACGGAGACAACGAGGAGGAGAAUGAGCAUAUGCAGGGCAGUCCAGGUGGAGAUCUGGGGGCCAAGAGGAAGAAGAAGAAGCAGAAGAGAAAGAAAGAGAAGCCAAGCUCAGGGGGAGCCAAGUCAGACUCUGCUUCUGACUCUCAGGAGAUCAAGAACCCUGGCCUGCCCAUUCAGAAGCUGCAGGACAUCCAAAGAGCCAUGGAACUGUUGUCCUGCCAAGGGCCAGCAAAGAGCAUUGAUGAUGCAGCUAAGCACAAGUACCAGUUUUGGGACACCCAGCCUGUUCCAAAGUUAAAUGAAGUUGUGACGAGUCACGGUCCAAUUGAAGCUGACAAGGAAAACAUCAGACAGGAGCCAUAUUCUUUACCUCAAGGCUUUAUGUGGGACACUCUGGAUCUGAGCAGUGCAGAUGUCCUAAAGGAGCUGUACACGUUAUUGAAUGAAAACUACGUGGAAGACGAUGAUAACAUGUUCAGAUUUGAUUAUUCUCCAAACUUUCUCAAGUGGGCUCUGCGGCCCCCUGGCUGGUUGCCGCAGUGGCACUGUGGGGUGAGAGUGUCCUCCAACAGGAAGCUGGUUGGCUUCAUCAGCGCCAUCCCUGCAGACAUACGCAUCUAUGACACGAUAAAGAAGAUGGUGGAAAUCAACUUCCUUUGUGUUCACAAGAAGCUGCGCUCUAAGCGCGUGGCCCCCGUGCUGAUCCGAGAGAUAACGCGGCGGGUGAACUUAGAGGGAAUAUUUCAGGCGGUGUACACGGCCGGAGUCGUCCUGCCUAAACCUGUGUCCACAUGCAGGUACUGGCAUCGGUCAUUAAACCCCAGAAAGCUGGUUGAAGUGAAAUUCUCCCACCUGAGCAGAAACAUGACCCUUCAAAGAACCAUGAAGCUCUACAGGCUGCCAGAUAGCACCAAGACUCCCGGUCUGCGGCCGAUGGAGAGGCGUGACGUGCCGCAGGUCACCCAGCUUCUCCAGAAAUACUUGAGACGUUUCCAGCUGGCACCUUCCAUGGGAGAGGAAGAGGUGGCUCACUGGUUCUCUCCCCAGGAAAACAUCAUCGACACAUACGUCGUGGAGGGCACAGGCGGCAUGCUGACAGACUUUACUAGUUUCUACACUUUGCCCUCGACUGUGAUGCAUCACCCGCUCCACAGGAGCCUCAAGGCGGCUUACUCUUUCUACAACGUUCACACACACACCCCACUGCUGGACUUAAUGAAUGAUGCACUGAUCCUCGCCAAACUGAAAGGUUUUGAUGUGUUCAACGCCUUGGAUCUAAUGGAGAAUAAGGUCUUUCUGGAGAAGCUCAAGUUUGGCAUAGGAGAUGGAAAUCUGCAGUAUUACCUCUACAACUGGAAAUGUCCCUCUAUGGACCCUGAUAAGGUUGGCCUUGUCCUUCAGUAGCGGCUCCCUUCACGGCCGCUGCACAAACACACGGUUCUCAGUGACCUCUGGAUUUCCCUUGCCUGGACACACAAGUCGCCCGAGCUCGGCAGUGAGAACCGCAACAGUCAAACCAAGCUGGUGAGCAGGGGAGGGUGGCCCUGGCACUCAUGUCAUCCAGAAAAUUCUCAGUCCGCGUGGAGGUGGAAACUCUUCAAUCAUCAUCCUGAAUGUGAAGUCAUGCUAUGCCUGAGACACUCAUACAGCCCACCGCUCCUGACCCGCUCUCGCAUUUAAAACAAAACCAGUUUGACCUUUAAGAGGAUGCCUUGACAUUGUGAAUUUUUUUGAGUUCCUCAUCCUCGACGCUCUGCGGUGAAGGACUGGCAUGUCGUUUAUUUUCAUGGAACUAUGUAAAUGAUGAUUAAAAAAAACAAGGAAAAAAAAAACAAAAAAACACCACCAGGUAUAGUUAAAUACCCAUCUACUUUUGUUUACCCCUCCAGACGGUUGUUGUGCCGCCGCUCCAUGUAUUGUUUCCCUCCCUUUUCAUAUCAGUGUGGUCGGUUUGUGUCUGCCAGCUGUUUCUGGCCUCAGUAGAAAUAGAAACGCAGAGAAGUGUUUCUGACACGCAUAAACAAAUAUGUGCAUUAAAAAAAAAAAGAAAGCAAAACGACAAUACCAACAAAAAAACAAAGCUAUACACAGUGUGUCAAAUAACGCACACAAAAAGGAGUGUGUAUCCAUCCGGUGCAUUGAUAUACAUGUUUUUUUUUGUUAGAAGUAUAUAGUUGACAGUACAUUUAAAGCCAGAUCAUAUUUAUUGCUGUGGUGUGUGUUUGGAAUUUGGGAAGGGCCGAUCCAAAGCAUUUUCCUCGUUGCUCGAAGGGGGUUUGAAUUAGUUUUAAUGACGAAUGUAUUGCGUUGAUGAAGCACAAUUUUUCUGAGUCCCUAAAUGAGCAAAAGGGCCCUCGUUUACAGGGCCAGGUCUGAAAACACCCAUGUUCAAAUGCACACUGUGCAUCUUUUGGCUUUGUCUAAGGAAUGGGGGCAGUUUUUACAUUACAAAGCUGUCCCUUAAGCUGGCUUUUCUCUUUUUUUUUGUACGAUGCAACACCCAUAUGGGUGGUGACAUUUCUGUUCAGCUCAUUCAGACUGUAGUAAAAUCAGAGUAGUCAUAUGCAUGGCAUCGGCAUGCUGUGCAGAAGACGAAAUGAGACAAGACCUGAAUAAAAGUGAAGGGCCCCGUGCACAGGGAGGGCAGUCAAGGCAGCAACGUCUUUUUUUGUUUUUUGUACAAACAAGAUAGUUUCUUGGACGCAGGUUUUAUAAUGUAAUUUACUCUGAAAGGGAGUUGUUAAGCACUGAGGAUCUAUUUUCUUUCGGUUAUGAUUGUCUCUGAAAGAUACACUGCAAAGCAGCUGCUGCUGUAAGGCGGCUGAUUGGUCAGAAAGUGCAACAUUAGCAUGAAUCAGUCCACCUGCUCACCUGCAGAGGGUUCAUAAAACCAAAGGGAAGAAAGAGCAGGUGCAGCGGCUGAAUACUGAAAGAUCAGCUCCGUUAACAUCAGGUCCAUGUGAACUUUCCCUCUUGUCCAGGUACAUUUUCAUUCACCUCUACAUGGAUUUUUGUCAUGGUACUGUAUUUUGCGUGACUGAAAUAUAUACAGUAGGUCAAUUUUAUUUGUACGCUGUGCAGCUACAUGUGUGAAAGUUGUGAUAUUUGUAAUUGUACAUUUCAGAAUGUCUUAAAAAAUUUCUGUCCUAUAUUAUCCCCCCCCCCAAAAAAAGUUCCUGUUAAAUAAGCAACUUCCAAACUGUUUUUUAUUUUUAGGAUGUUUUCUGGUGCUUGAAUAAGCAGGAUGAAGAUCUUUGACUAAAUAUUGUUGAUGGACCUCUUGUUCUAAGGUCGAGAAGCCAGUUUACUCCAAACUUCAAUGUUUUGAACUAUCCCUUUGGCGACUUAAUGUUUGAUGUUUCUGCUCAUGUUACUCGCCGUAACUUAAGACGUAAAGGCUGCUUCUGUUUUUGUUUUGUUGCAUCCCUUUAGAAUUUCACCAGGCAAAUGAUGCUCAACCAAUUCAGGGUUUAAAAAAGAAAGAAAGAAAGGAAAUCAAUCCUUCUUUGAGAGGUUGAACGCGUUCAGAGACGGAUGUUGUCGGCAGUAACUCUGAAGCGCAGUCAGCGGUGUGCCUCCUCGAUGCUCUCGUCACAGAUGUGUUGCCUGCCGCUGCUUGAAUUAACGUUUGAGCAUGUCAGUCCUGCCGCUGUGAGGAUUUUCAGCAUUGAUAUUUCAAGCCACAACCUUUAGUGAGAACUCAACCCAAGGUACCUGCCUUAUUUGAAAGUUGUUUUUCUUCAGUUUUUUCUUUAGAUUGGAGGUGGAAUGAAGGGAUGUACUUUCGAAAUGACAUUCAGCUUGAAUGAAGAACACUAUUUUUAAUCAACACCAUUGUAAGCUGUGAAAAAGCUAAGGAACUUGUACCAGCAUCAUUUCGACAUGACCCCAUGCAAAUAACAAUCUGUUUCAAAACACGUCGGCUAUACCAGCAUGGAUAUUUGAAUAAACUCACUUUAAAAAAGGA